AUGGUCCGAGAGGUGUGGCACCCAGAGGGCCACCUCUACGGCAUUGCCCCCGACGGGCAGUCCGUGGUCGAUCGCGACGCCCCGGCCUUCUUCGCGGGCGUGGCCCGGCGGGGCAACUCGGAGCACCUCGCGGAGCACGACAGGAUCGUGAAGAUCGACACCGCGGGGCCCCGGUGCGCCGUGGCAAAGGUCCAGAUCGCCCUGCUCGGCGACGCGCAGGAGCAGCCCUCGGCCGGAGAGCGGACGUGCUCUACACGGACUUCCUCGUGCUGCUCAGGCUGGGGGGCAGGUGGCGGAUCGUCAGCAAGGUCUUCUCUUGGCGGCUCGAGGACGGGGGGGUGGUCGCCUACCUGCGCGGGGGUCACCUGUCGCAGCCGCAGGUGA